AUGAAGGAAGCUAUGGUUGCCGAUGGCCCCGUCGUCCAGAUCGUCGACUCGCCCAUCCCCGAGCCCGGCCCGGACCAAGUCGUCAUCAAGGUCGCCGUCUCGGGCUCCAACCCCAAAGACUGGAAAGUCGUCAACUGGUGGAAGAAAACCCUCAACACGGGCGACGACAUCGCCGGCACCGUCCACGCCGUCGGCGCCAACGUGAGCGAGUUCCGGCCGGGCGACCGCGUCGCCGCCUUCCACGAGAUGAUGGAGCCGCACGGCUCGUUCGCCGAGUACGCGCUCGCGCACGCGCACACGACCUUCCACCUCCCCAGCAACACGUCCUUUGAAGCGGGCGCCGCAAUCCCGCUGGCGGCCAUGACCGCGGCCGUAGGGCUGUAUCUGCGGCUGGGGCUGCCGCACCCGUGGACGCCGGCCACGGCACCCACGCCCCUGGUCGUCUACGGCGCCGCCAGCGCCGUCGGCAGCUACGUCGUCCAGCUCGCCCGCCGCAGCGGCGUGCACCCGCUCAUCUGCGUGGCGGGCAGCUCGGCGGCGCACGUCGAGGCCCUGAUCGACCGCUCCAAGGGCGACACGAUCGUCGACUACCGCGGGGGCGACGAGGCCGUGGUGGCGGGCAUCAAGGCCGCGGUGCCGGCGGGCACGCAGCUGCUGCACGCGUACGACGCCGUGUCCGAGCACGGCAGCUACGUCAACAUCGGCAAGGCGCUGGCGCCGGGCGGCAAGCUCACUCUCGUGCUCCCCGGCAAGGAGUACGACGGCAUCCCCGACAGCGUCGAGCAGUCCAUCACCAAUGUCGGCGCUGUCCACAAGGACGACAAGGACUUUGGCUUCGUCUUUUUCCGCUACUUUGCCAAGGGCCUGCAGGACGGAUGGUUCAAGCCGCAGCCGCAGGAGGUCGUGCCCGGUGGCCUGGGGGGCGUGCAGAAGGGGCUCGAGAACCUGCGCGAUGGCAAAGCCAAGGCCGUCAAGUACGUGUUCCGGAUUGCGGAGACCGAGGGCGCGGAGAAGGCUUAA